UCCCAACCCCUGUCACCUCUCGCCAUAUCAUCCCAAAAGCGGCCUAACUCCAUGCUCGUAAUCAAUGCUUAAUCUCAAAGCAGUAAAGAUCAGGGCCAAUUCUCUGCCCCAGACCCCUAAUACUUCCCCGUUUCCUCCUCUCUCGCGUGGCUUGUCGCAAAAAAUGCCUUCAAUCACUCAUUCCUCUUAAUCCGCCUACGUCAGGCGUCUCGUCACUCCCUCAAAAUGCUGCGGCUCUCGCUGCUCGUCCACUCCCUAGUAUCUCUAUCUCUCGCGCGCAAAUCAGACGGUGGGACGGUUUGGGCGACGCCGCAUGACAGCUACUCCUCGUCAAUUGGCGUCCCCGGGUGCAAAGUCAACACGAAUCGCAUCGCCUACUGGCCGUAUUCCGUCGACUGUAACAAUAUCUGCAUCGCGCUCACAUACGAAGACCGCACCGUGCAUCUCCUCCGCGUCGAUCAAUCGCAAGGCGCCUACGACGUUAGCUACGAUGCGUGGAAUUACCUCUACACAGGCUACUCGGCCACCGACAAGCCCAGGGCCGGCGGUCCCGUCGAGAUGACAUAUUCCAACGUCGACGCAUCCAAAUGCUCCGAUUUAAUACAUACAAAAAAGAGCAGACUACCGCUUAGCGCAGCGAAUAGCAUGAACUUUUUAACAUCGUGCCUCGAUCGGAAUGAGAGUACGUGGGUUGGCGAUAAUUACGUUCUUUACAACAUCCUCGACUCGAUAUGCACUCUUGGACACGACGAGACGUGUGAGUUGGACUAUCCGGCGGAGAACCAAGCAAAGUGUCCGCAUACGAUGGGCGUGCCGGAUGAGUUGAAGGGGGAAGCGGUUGUUAAUAUUCGGUAUCCGAGUGGUGAGAAGGUGAGCGCUGCUGAUGGGAAGCCAGUGGAUGAGGAUGGUGCGAUGGGGUUGGAGAGGCCGGGUGGAAUGGCUCUGGCGAUUGUUGUUUUGUUUUCGGCGUGUCUUGCUCUUGGGAUGUGAUGCGCUGAUUGAUGCGAUGCUGAUGAUGGUGGAGGAUGAUAAUGUCAAGAUACCCUUCUGUUUUGUUUCAUGCCCAUUCAAUUGAACAAUUAGUCCGCGUUGCCGAAUUAAAUUAAAGAUCAAUUAAUUGUAACAAUCUGGUAUCAACGCCGACAUAAGAAAGGAUUACCAUUGUCAGGGCGGUGGCCUGUCGUCACGACAUUUAUUUGCCCAGAUUCAGCGCCUCUUUGACCUUGCCCAUGGCCGACUGCUGUUUUUGUUCUCCACCCUCACUAGGCCCGACAUCAUCCUGACACAGCGCAUCCUUGCCGUGCAUCUAUUGCUUAUUAGUAUACGCAUUCAAUUGAGAACAGCGGCAUACCUUUUGCUCUUCCAUCUCGGCCUGGUGGAUAAUAUCGUGGACCUCUUCGGCCGUCUCAUCAUUGAGACCAGUAGGGGCCUUUGGGCCAGAAGACCUUCUUCUCUCCGACAUGAUGUUUUUGUUUUGCUGUAUCGUAUAAUCUUGUGUAAGUCUCUUGGUGUUUAAAUUGAAUCUGAAGAGACAGUGCAGUGCUGGGAGGGGCAGCUUCAUAUAACUCCAGCUCUCAUCUCUCGUGUCGUCAUCCCUCCCAUACCUCACGAUGAAAUGAUGCUGACCAACGUCAUGUUGAACCAUCGCGGGGUCAAAAUGGUAACGCUGGACGACAAUCUCGAGACCCCUCAUCAUCACAGUGUAAAUGGCGCUGCGACAACAUCUCAUUCAACUGCGAGUCUCGUUACUUAUAAGUACAAUUUAGUAUCGCAUACCGUGACUGGCAACCAUCAUCACGUUUGAGCAUAUAAACGCUUCGUCCCGAUACGUCGAAAUGCCUAAAGUCGGCACGAUGACAUCGCGAAAUGCUUAUCUUUGUCUUGUUGGUGUUCAGC